GAGUCCGAGCCUCCCGGCCCGCCUCUCUGCCGGGCUGCGCUGCCGUCACGUGGCCUGCAGACGGGCGGCUGCGGCGCUGCGCUGGACCCGGAGGCUCGGCCGGCUUCAGACAACCUGUUUUUCUUUAUGAUAAAGACAACAUUGGCCAAUGAGCAAGGUGGUAAGAUCAUUGAGCGAGUCAGAGGUGCAGCUCUGGGAAACGGAAGAGGAUGACAUGACAGAAGGGGAUUUAGGGUAUGGCCUUGGAAGAAGACCUGGUAGUAUUUAUGAAGUGGAAGUUUCACCUUUAUUUACAUCCAGAAAAAGAUCAAAUGGAAAGAGCUUUAGCUCUCCCCCACUUCCAAGAAAGGAGGAAGGAAGAAAUGGAGCCAUUUUUCAAUAUUCCAAGAAUAAGAGCUUGCAAGAUGCAGACUUUGAAGCGUCCAGAGUUUCCAAUUACAGACGACAAAGUCCUGCCGAUUCUAAUUCAGAAUUGUCACAUGAAGAAUUAAAGCAAUGUCUUCAUGAAACAUUAGAGGAGGUAGAAGUUCUAAAAACUGAACUUGAAGCAUCUCAAAGACAACUUCAGGGUAAAGAGGAAGCAUUGAAAAUUCUUCAAAGCAUGGCAAUACUUGACAAAGCCACAAGUCAUACCCAAGCUGUACUUCAAAAAACUGUGGAACAAAAGAGAUCCUUGGAGAAGGAAAUAAAUGCCCUGCAGUGGGAAAUAGAAUUUGAUCAGAGUAGAUUUAAAAAUAUAGAAGAAUCUUGGACCCAAAAAUAUGACAGACUAAACUGUGAAAACUCAAUUCUUAAAGAGAAUUUGAAACUGAAAACAGAAGAAAUUAAAAUGCUAAAGUCUGAAAAUGCAGUUUUGAAUGAACAGUAUUUGGAGGUCCUCACCAUGCUCGAUAUCAAGCAACAGAAGAUGGCCCAGGAGAACUUGCAUCACCAUAAAAGUGACUUUGCAGAGGUUUCAGGUCUCGAGCUUGCAGUCCUCGGAACCUGCCUUUGUCACGGUCCUGGAGGGAGCCCCUGUUCUUGUGCCAAAAUGGCAGCAUCUGCUCGGAAACUGCUUCUUCAGCUCAAACAAGAGUUGAAAAUUUUGGAGAAGAAUAAGGAAGAAGCUUACAUAAUGGCGGAUGCAUUCAGAAUUGCAUUUGAGCAACAAUUAAUGAGGAAAAAUGACCAGGCACUAAGAUUGACACAGAUGGAUAAAGUAUGUAAAAAAGCAACAAAACAGAUAAAUUGGAAGCACCUUAAAGAGGAUGGAUUCCAAUCUCAAAGACAUAAGAAGACCUUAGGGCAGAAACUGUUGAGUAUGCUCCCUUCAGAAAACAGUCCUCAGAGGCCUGAAGACCAGGAUAAUCCUCAAGAAGUCCUUAAAAUGCUAAUAGAUUUGUUGAAUGAUAAAGAAGAAGCUUUGGCUCAUCAGAGAAAAGUUAGUUAUAUGCUUGCUCGGGCGCUGGAAGAUAAAGACACUGCCUCAAAAGACAGUAAAGAGAAAAAUGUUCUGAGAGAGAAUUUACCAUUGGAAAACCCCUGGCAUAAAACUUCAGAAAUUUCUGUUCUUCAAGAUCCUAUACAUUCAGGCAUCCAAAUGUUUAAUUCCAGGGGCUGUGUUUGUUCAAUCCAGACUGAUCCAAACUGCACAAGAACUCUUAAAAGAUCCCGUUCUCUGCCUUCAAGCAUUAUCUUUUGAAGAUAAGCCAGUUAAAAUAGAACUGAGAGGUGUUUGUAUGAAGACAUUUUUAAAAAAAGGUUUUGUAAAUGUUGUUAUGUCUUGAGAAGUUAUAUAUUUUUCUGCUAUUUCUACAUUUUAGGACUCGGCUUUAAUCAAACUUCUCCAUUUUCUACUAGAAAUUUAUUCUGCACUGACGUGUUAGUAAUAAAUGAUCUUACUGGGGGCAGUCAGAAGCGCAGCAGUAAAGUGCAAUGCUCUGGGAGGCAGUCCCAUAUGGGGAGGCUCCGAGUUCAAGUCCGAGGACCUCCCUGAGUACCCCGGGCACCUGCAUGCUCAUGGGCCAGGGCAGGCUGAAGGCAUCAGCACUCUAUCGAGGAUGUUAUAAUGACUUCUCUCUCUCUUGCUCAUGGAAGAAAUAAUACUUUAAAAACAUUACAUUAUUAUAUUUUAUGAAGUUUUCGGUAUUACCAACAUGUUAAAAAUAA